AUGGAGAGAAGUUCAACAUGCAAUUUGUUUGCAGUUACAAAUGAGCUGCAAAAUCAUAGAACACAAAAACAUUCAAUACUCCCUCCUGGCUUUCCAAGAAAGGUAUUUGCGGAGGUUAUAGGGACAUAUUUAUUGGUGUUUGUGGGGAGUGGGAGUGCUGCUAUGAAUGCAAUAGAUGAAAACAAAGUAUCAAAAUUGGGAGCUUCACUAGCAGGUGGAUUCAUUGUUACUGUUAUGAUUUAUGCAAUUGGACACAUCUCUGGUGCACAUAUGAAUCCAGCUGUUUCCUUAGCAUUUGCCACCAUUAACCAUUUUCCUUGGAAACAGGUUCCAUUUUACAUAACAGCUCAACUCACAGGAGCAAUUUCUGCUUCAUACACACUUAGAGCAUUGCUAGAACCAUCAAAGCAGUUAGGUGCAACAUCACCUUCUGGAUCAAACAUUCAAGCACUAAUCAUUGAAAUUGUCACCACUUUCACCAUGGUGUUCAUCUCCGCCGCAGUCGCCACCGACUCAAAAGCCAAAGGAGAGCUUGCUGGAGUAGCAGUAGGUUCAUCUGUUUGCAUAGCAAGCAUUGUUGCUGGACCGAUUUCCGGGGGAUCAAUGAAUCCAGCAAGGACAUUAGGUCCUGCAAUUGCUUCUGCAUCUUACAAGGGAAUUUGGGUUUAUAUGGUUGGACCAAUUACUGGUGCACUUUUAGGUGCAUGGUGUUAUGUUGUGAUUCAAGAGAGAGAUCACAAACAAGAUAUUGUAACUUUACAAUCUCCUAUUUCACUCAAGAUACACCAUGAGAUGAGUGGGAUUGAGCUAUAG